AUGGAAUACGAUGUGUGCAUCGUGGGUGCAGGGCCGGCGGGUCUGUCGGCUGCCAUUCGCCUCAAGCAGCUUGCCAAGGAGAAGGAGCAGGAAAUAAGCGUGUGCGUGCUGGAGAAGGGCUCUGAAGUCGGCGCCCACAUCUUGAGCGGCAAUGUCUUCCAGCCCAAGGCUCUGGACGAGCUGAUCCCCAGCUGGCGGGAGGACGCCAGCUGCCCCAUCCACGCCGUGCCCGCAGUCAAGGACCGGUUCUACUAUCUCACACCGCGGCGCGCUCUCCGCAUGCCCACGCCACCCCAGAUGCACAACAAGGGCAAUUAUGUCAUCAGCCUGAGCGAGGCUGUGCGGUGGCUGGGGGCCCAGGCCGAGGAGGCAGGCGUGGAGAUUUACCCCGGCUUCGCAGGUUCCCACCUGCUCACCUCUGCCAGCGGCGCUUGUGUGGGCGUGGGCACGGGGGACAUGGGGAUUGGAAAGGACGGCACACGCAAGGACUCCUUCGCCCCGGGCCUGGACCUGAGGGCGCGGGUGACCCUGCUUGCAGAGGGCUGCAGGGGGUCCCUGACCAAGGAGGCACUGAAGCGAUACAGCCUGAGGGAGAAGGCAGGUGCUGAUCCGCAGACCUACGCCCUGGGUCUGAAGGAGGUCUGGCAGAUCGACCCCGCCAAGCACGAGCCCGGCACGGUGUGGCACACGCUCGGGAGCCCCCUGCCCUGGAACACCUAUGGCGGCGGCUGGUUGUACCACAUGGCAGACAACCGGGUCUCCCUGGGCCUGGUGGUGUCGUUGGACUACAGUAACCCCAACAUGAAUCUCUUUCAAGAGUUCCAGCAGUACAAGCGCCACCCUGCCAUCGCCCGUGUGCUGGAAGGAGGGACCUGCCUGCAGGGCACCCACACCGCCAUGAAGAGCGGCAUGCUGGCGGCAGAGGCGGCUGCUGCAGAGCUGGCCAAGGAACCCACCGCCGCAGGCCGGGCCCUCGACCUGGGCGCCUACGAGACCGCGAUGCAUGACUCUUGGGUGCACACGGAGCUACACCGGGAACGAAACAUCCGACCCUCCUUCGGGCUGGGUGCCGGGAUCUGGGGCGGGCUUCUGGGCUCCGCGCUGGAAGCGUAUGUCCUCAGGGGAAAGGCGCCCUGGACCCUGCGGCACAGGCGGCCGGACCACGAGGCGCUGGCGCCUGCCGCGCAGGCGGCGCCGAGGGAGUACCCCAAGCCGGACGGCAGCCUCACCUUCGACCUGAACACCUCCUUGUUCCGGAGCGGGACCAACCACGAGCACGACCAGCCGCCCCACCUGCGCCUGCGCAACGCCAAGCUGCCCGAGGCCAUCAACCUGCCGCGGUAUGGCGGGCCCGAGGCGAGGUACUGCCCGGCAGGUGUGUACGAGUACGUCCCCUCUGAGCACGGAGGCCAGAAGCUGCAGAUCAAUGCCCAGAACUGCCUGCACUGCAAGGCCUGCGACAUCAAGGAUCCCACCCAGAACAUCCAGUGGAUGGUGCCCGAGGGCGGCGGGGGCCCAAACUACACAAUCACCUGA